AUUCAAACCAAAAAAAGGUUGAGCUAUUUCAUCUUUUUAUUCAAGAAAAAAGUCAGUGAGUCAAGAUGUUUGUAAUCAAAAGAGAUGGAAGAAAAGAAAAUGUCAUGUUUGAUAAGAUAACCUCGCGUAUAUCAAAGCUUUGCUACGGUCUGAACGAAGAUUUUGUUGUUCCUGCUAAAAUUGCUCAAAAGGUUGUGUCUGGUGUUUAUCAAGGCAUUACUACUGUUGAACUUGAUAAUCUCACCGCCGAGACGGCUGCGUACAUGACAACGAAUCAUCCUGAUUUUGCCAUCCUUGCUGCUCGCAUUGCUAUAUCAAACCUUCAAAAGGAAACCGACGAUAAGUUUAGUUCUGUCAUCCAUAAGUUGUACCAUCAUGAACAUCCCAAACUAAAGCAACCAAAUCCUCUGGUUUCCAAGGAGCUUUAUGAUGUUGUCAUGGCUAACGCCGAUAAGAUUGACGCUGCCAUCAUUCACGAUAGAGAUUUUGAUUUUAACUUCUUUGGCUUUAAAACGUUAGAGCGUAGCUACUUGCUAAAGAUCAAUAACGAAAUCGUUGAACGACCUCAAUAUAUGAUUAUGCGUGUUGCUAUUGGCAUUCACGGUAAUGACCUAGAAAGCGCCUUUAGAACCUAUGAUCUUAUGUCAUCUAAAUACUUUACUCAUGCUACACCUACAUUGUUCAACGCUGGUACACCUAAACCUCAAUUAUCUAGUUGCUUCCUUGUUCAAAUGAAAGAGGACAGUAUCGAAGGCAUCUAUGAUACUAUCACCACUUGUGCUCGUAUCUCCAAGUCUGCUGGCGGUGUUGGCGUUGCUGCUCAAAAGAUUCGUGGCUCUGGCUCUUAUAUCGCAGGAACAAACGGUACCUCCAAUGGCAUCAUUCCAAUGCUCCGAGUCUUUAAUGACACCGCUCGCUUUGUGACACAAGGAGGUGGUAAACGCAACGGUAACUUUGCUGUCUAUAUAGAACCUUGGCAUGUCGAUGUAUUCGAAUUCUUGGACUUGCGAAAGAACAAUGGUGCUGAGGAAAUGCGCGCGCGCGACUUGUUCUUGGGAUUAUGGGUGCCUGAUCUUUUCAUGGAGCGUGUUGAGAAAAACGAGAAAUGGUCAUUGUUUUGCCCUGAUGAAGCACCCGGCUUAUGGGAUAACUAUGGAGAAAAGUUCGAUUCUCUCUAUAUAAAAUACGAGAACGAAGGAAAGGCUAGAAGAACAGUCGACGCUCAGAAGCUUUGGUUUGCCAUUUUGGAAGCACAAACCGAGACUGGAAUGCCAUAUAUGCUUUAUAAAGAUUCAUGCAACAAGAAAUCAAACCAAAAGAAUCUUGGAACUAUAACUUCUUCCAAUUUGUGUACAGAAAUCAUCGAAUACACCUCUCCUGAUGAAGUUGCUGUCUGUAAUUUGGCUUCUCUUGCUUUACCCAAGUUUGUUAAUAGAGACACAAAAUCAUUUGAUUUUGAAAAGCUUCAUCAAGUCACCAAAGUAGUGACACGCAAUCUGAACAAGGUCAUUGAUGUCAACUAUUAUCCAGUCGAAGAAGCACGUAACAGCAACAUGCGACACCGUCCCAUCGGUCUCGGCGUUCAAGGGCUUGCUGAUGCGUUUAUCUUGAUGCGCUAUCCCUUUGAUUCUCCUGAAGCUGCUCAAUUGAACAGAGAUAUUUUCGAAAGAAUCUAUUUUGCUGCUCUAGAAGCUUCAUGUGAGCUUGCCAAAGAACAGGGACCCUAUGAGACUUACGAAGGCUCGCCUGUAAGUCAAGGUAUUCUUCAACACGAUUUAUGGAAUGUCAAAGGCUCGGAACAUCUCGAUUGGAAUACUUUGAGAGCCAAUAUCAGGAAAUAUGGUGUCCGUAACUCUCUUCUUGUUGCUCCUAUGCCUACUGCUAGCACUAGUCAAAUAUUGGGUAAUAACGAAUGCUUCGAGCCUUACACUAGCAAUAUUUAUACGCGUCGUGUUCAAAGCGGUGAAUUCCAAAUAGUCAACCAGCAUUUAUUGAAUGAUCUCAUUGAACUCGAUUUAUGGAAUGAUAACAUCAAGAACAUGAUGAUCGCUCAUGGCGGUAGUAUCCAGCGUAUUCCUGGCAUUCCUGAUGAUCUCAAAAAACUAUACAAGACCGUGUGGGAGAUUUCACAAAGAACUAUUAUUGACAUGGCCGCUGAUAGAGGAGCCUUUAUUGAUCAAUCUCAAUCUAUGAAUUUAUUUACUGCCGAACCAAACUUUGGCAAAUUGACUUCUAUGCACUUUUAUGCCUGGAAGAAGGGACUAAAGACUGGCAUGUACUAUUUGAGAUCUAGACCUGCAGUUGAUGCAAUCAAGUUUACUGUUGACCAAUUGGCACUUAAAGAGAUGUCAUUAUCUGAGACAAGCGGCGCAAGUAACAAAAUCAAAUCAAGCAAAGAAGCAGAAGAGCAACAAAGAUUAGCACAGCUGCAGUGCUCAUUAGACAACCGUGAUGCCUGUGUUAUGUGCAGCGGUUAAACUCGCUUGAUGUAUGUAAAUACAUAUGUUCUUGAGAAUAUGUAAUUUGUUUUCCUUUCUUUAUUAUUUAAUCCCAUAUUUUCAUUCAACCUCUCUCAUCAUCCAUUUUAUGUCAUACAUCUUGUAUCACUUUUUAAUAUUUCAAUAAAAAAAAACAUCAUUUCUUUUUACAUAUAAUGUUGAGCAAAAAGAGAUGAUCUUUAUAGAUAACGUCAUUGAAAAAAGACUCUAAGUUAGGUAUCAACGACUCUU